CCAAUUACCGCCUAACUUUGACAGCACAACAAGCAAAACAAAUUCCUUAUAUUUAACAUAGUAAAACUCAACUCAACUCAACUGUGUUUAUUUGAUCAUCAAACAAGAGAAAUGGGAAGUAAGAGCAUAAGUGAGGUAGGAGUGGACGACUUGGUUCAGGCUGGUCUAACCACUGAGGAAGCCACUGGCUUCCAAAGGGUCCUUAAAGACUCACUCAGCUGCACCAAAGGGUCCGACCCAAGUGAGGUCUGGAGGCACCUGGUGGCUCGGAGAGUGCUCAAGCCUUGGCACCCACAUGGGCUACAUCAGCUGGUUUACUACUCUGUUUAUGCUCAUUGGGAUGUCUCCUCCAAAGGCCCUCCUCCUUAUUGGUUUCCUUCUUUGUAUCACUCUAAAGAUACAAACUUGGGACGUCUCAUGGAGAAGCACGGUCCAAGCCUUCUUGGCCCUUUAUAUAAGGAUCCUAUAACAAGUUAUAGCCUCUUUCAGAAGUUCUCUGUUGAGCACCCUGAGGUUUAUUGGUCGAUUGCCCUAAAAGAGCUUUCGGUAUCAUUCCAAGAAGAACCAAAAUGCAUUCUAGACAAAUCUGAUAAGUCAAAGCAUGGCGGAUCAUGGCUUCCGGGUGCAGUUUUGAACAUUGCUGAAUGUUGUUUGUUGCCCACUUCAUAUCCAAGGAAAGAUGAUGAUAGUUUGGCUAUUGUAUGGAGAGAUGAAGGUUCUGAUGAUUCUAGUGUAAACUUGAUUACACUAAAGCAACUUCGGGAGCAAGUAAUCUCGGUUGCUAAGUCGCUGGAUGCCAUGUUUUCCAAGGGUGAUGCAAUUGCAAUGGACAUGCCAAUGACAGCUAAUGCAGUUAUAAUUUACUUAGCAAUCAUACUUUCAGGUCUUGUUGUUGUAUCAAUAGCUGACAGCUUUGCUCCAAAGGAAAUUGCAAGUCGAUUGCAUGUCUCACAAGCCAAGGCUAUCUUUACCCAGGAUUUCAUACUAAGAGGCGGUCGCAAGUUUCCUCUAUACAGUCGAGUUGUGGAAGCUGCACCAGAUAGAGUUAUUGUCCUCCCUGCAACUGGGAGCAACACAGGCAUUCAGCUAAGAGAACAGGAUAUGUCAUGGGGAGACUUCCUCUCCAGUGUUGGCACUCGUUCAAGAAAGUACUCUCCAUGCUAUCAACCAGUUGACUCUUUGAUCAAUAUACUAUUUUCAUCUGGAACAACGGGAGAACCAAAAGCUAUUCCAUGGACACAUCUUUCUCCAAUUAGGUGUUCAUCUGAUUUUUGGGCUUAUAUGGAUAUCAAAGUUGGAGAUGUUGUCUGCUGGCCUACAAAUUUAGGAUGGGCAUUGGGUCCAUUUAUACUUUUCACAUGCUUUUUGUCUGGUGCGGUACUUGCUCUCUAUCAUGGAUCUCCUCUCGGCCGUGGCUUUGGCAAAUUUGUUCAGGAUGCAAGUGUGACUAAAUUAGGUACAGUUCCAAGCCUGGUGAAAACUUGGAAGAAUACACAAUGUAUGAAAGGCCUAGAUUGGACAAAAAUAAAAUCCGUCGCCUCCACAGGAGAAACAUCUAAUGUUGAUGAUGACCUUUGGCUGUCUUCGCAAGCAUAUUAUAAGCCCGUUAUUGAAUGUUGUGGAGGGACAGAGCUUGCAUCGUCUUACAUACAAGGAAGUCUACUACAACCUCAAGCUUUUGGUGCAUUCAAUACUGCAACUAUGACAACAAGCUUUGUCAUAAUUGAUGAACAUGGGAAUCCCUAUCCAGAUGAUCAAGCUUGUACAGGUGAAGUGGGAUUAAUCCCUCUAUAUCUAGGUGCAAGUGAUAGGUUGCUUAAUGCUGAUCAUGAAGAAGUUUAUUUUAAGGGAAUGCCACUAUACAAAGGAAUGCGCCUGAGGAGACAUGGAGACAUCAUCAACAGAACUGUUGGAGGCUAUUUCAUUGUACAAGGCAGAGCUGAUGACACCAUGAACCUUGGAGGCAUUAAGACAAGUUCUUUUGAACUCGAACGUGUAUGUGACCGAGCUGAUGAUAGCAUCUUAGAGACUGCAGCUGUUAGCGUUUCUCCAAUUGGCGGUGGUCCAGAACAACUAGUUAUGUUUGUGGUAUUAAAGAACGGGUAUGACGCUGAAGCUGAAAAUCUUAGGACAAAGUUCUCAAAAGCCAUUCAAAGUAAUCUUAAUCCAUUGUUCAAGGUGAGUGCUGUGAAAAUUGUUCAUGAGUUUCCUCGAACAAUGUCAAACAAGUUACUAAGGAGAGUUUUGAGGGAUCAACUGAACCGUGAAUUCUCAAUUCAGAGUAAAAUUUAGUGAAAUGGAGUUCACUAGCUUUUUACAUGGGUGGAAAAGUGAAAUAUGUAGUUUUUUAUUUGAAGAAUGGAUGUAUCAAUCAAUAUAUAUUAAUAAAGGAAUGCAUAAUAGCUGCUUAGGUGGGAGUUUAUAUGA